AGCAGAAAAGGGCCCGUCAGCUGGGAUACAAUUCAAUUCAACGUUCAAAGGUCAAAAACCAUUUCCGAUUGGAAUUUUCAUUUAUUCGCACACUCCCCAACUACCGGAUGGUCAGAGUCACGUUUUUUUCAUUCUUCCCUCCAUCCCUCUCCCUCACAAUGGCGAAAAACCCGUUACUCUGCUCGAUCGUCCUCCUCGCCGUGCUCGCCGGAGCCACCUCAGACGACGGCGCCGAGCUCGACUACUCGAAGCUCUCCGGCAUUAUAAUCCCCGGCUUCGCGUCCACUCAGCUCCGAGCAUGGUCCAUUCUCGACUGUCCUUACUCUCCGCUCGAUUUCAACCCUCUCGACUUGGUCUGGCUCGACACAACCAAACUUCUUUCUGCUGUCAAUUGCUGGCUUAAGUGCAUGGUGUUGGAUCCUUACAACCAGACAGAUCAUCCUGAUUGCAAGUCCCGUCCGGAUAGUGGUCUUUCUGGCAUUACAGAACUUGAUCCAGGUUAUAUAACAGGACCUCUUUCAUCAGUUUGGAAAGAAUGGAUUAAGUGGUGUAUUGAAUUUGGCAUAGAAGCUAAUGCAAUAAUUGCUGUUCCGUAUGAUUGGAGAUUGUCGCCCUCCAAGCUUGAAGAGCGGGACCUUUACUUUCAUAAGCUAAAAAUAACAUUUGAAACUGCUUACAAACUUCGUGGUGGCCCCUCUUUAGUUUUUGCCCAUUCAUUGGGUAAUCAUGUUUUCCGUUAUUUCUUGGAGUGGUUGAAGCUAGAGAUUGCACCAAAACAUUAUAUCCAGUGGCUGGAUCAACAUAUUCAUGCCUAUUUUGCUGUUGGAGCUCCCCUUCUUGGUGCAAUGGAAACCAUUGAAGCAACACUUACUGGAUUCACAUUUGGUCUUCCUAUAUCUGAGGGAACAGCUCGGAUGAUGUUCAACUCCUUUGGUUCAUCAUUAUGGAUGAUGCCUUUUUCCAAGUACUGUAGAACAGAUAAUAAAUAUUGGAAGCAUUUUUCUGGGGGAAGGCAAGUGGGUCCACCAACAUAUCACUGUGAUGAGCAGGAGUUUAAGACAAACUUAUCUGGGUGGCCAACAAAAAUAAUCAACAUUGAAAUUCCCUCAACUCGUGCAUUUGAUGCAUAUCCUUCAUUCUCAGAAAUACCUGAGGCCAACUUGUCCAGCAUGGAGUGCGGACUACCUACUCAAUUAUCUUUCUCAGCUCGGGAAAUAUCAGAUGGCACCUUUUUCAAGGCAAUUGAAGAUUAUGACCCAGACAGCAAGAGGCUCUUGUACCUGUUAGAGAAAUCAUAUCUUGGCGAUCCUGUUCUUAAUCCCCUUACACCUUGGGACCGGCCACCAAUAAAAAAUGUAUUCUGCAUUUAUGGGACUGAUUCAAAGACAAAGGUUGGUUACUACUAUGCUCCUAGCGGCAAGCCUUACCCUGAUAACUGGAUCAUUACGGAUGUCGUUUAUGAGUUUGAAGGAUCUCUAAUCUCAAGGUCAGGGAAUCUGGUUGAAGGGAACCCUGGAGCAAUAAGUGGCGAUGAGACGGUGCCAUAUCUCUCCCUUUCCUGGUGCAAAAACUGGCUUGGACCGAAAGUGAACAUAACAAAAGCUCCACAGUCAGAGCAUGAUGGCUCAGAUGUACAAAUUAAAUUGAAUGUGGAACAUCACCAUGAAGAAGAUAUCGUUCCAAACAUGACAAGAUCACCAAGGGUGAAGUAUAUAACAUAUUAUGAAGAUUCUGAAAGUCUUCCUGGAAAGAGGACAGCAGUUUGGGAGCUUGAUAAAGCAAAUCACAGGAACAUCGUUAGAUCACCAGUGCUAAUGAGGGAAUUAUGGCUUGAGAUGUGGCAUGAUAUCCAUCCUGAUGCAAAAUCAAAGUUUGUAAAAAAAGCUAAGCGUGGUCCUUUAAGAGAUGAGGACUGUUAUUGGGAUUAUGGGAAAGCUCGUUGUGCAUGGCCUGAGUACUGUGAAUAUAGGUAUGUUUUUGGUGAUGUUCACUUGGGACAAAGCUGCAGGUUGAGAUAUACUACAGCUGAAUUGUUGUCGCAUUAUUUGUAAAUAAUAAGGAUGACACGCUACAUAUGAAUACCAGAAUUACUCCUUCAUACAACCAUGACUUUUGGAGUUUGGCCAUUCUUUGACAUUGUAUACUUGUGGGGGCACUGUAUACAAGCAAAUAUUUUGUUUGCUGGUUUAGAAAUUUGACUCAACUUCUGAACUCGUCUAUUAUCCACUUCACAAUUUGCACGGUAUUUCUUGGGCCAGAUCGUAAUCAAUGUUGUACUAUACUCUGUUACUAGCAGCGGACACUUCUCACCGAUAUAUUUACUGGUGGCAUCUGAUAUGCGUCUUCAUAUGCUCUGGAAAACGAAUUUCAGGUUAUUUGCCUUCUAUUUGUUCAAACAUGAUUUGUACUGCUAUUCUUGGUUAACCAAGUGAUCACUUCCCACUUUGCCAUCCAUGAUAAGUAAUUGGCGAGAAUUAUGAUGGAUCUGUAGAGCUAUAUUGUUCAAUUGGUUGAUAGUUUUCAUGAUCUAGAAACAUACAGGCUAUAGUGAUAUACUGAUAUGCUAAAUCCAUUGUUAGAAAAAGUUGACAUGGGAAGGGAGAAUACAAAUAGUGUAGAUGACAGUAGUACGAAGCUGAAAACUUUUGUUCUCUGAUUUCGUAACAAUUACAUUCUUUCUCUACAUUUGCCAAUGUCAACUACUUAUCUCUUUACUUUAGAUUGACACCAUAAAUAUGUGAUUAAACUUAAACCUCUGUCCGUUUAAGAUGUAUGAUUCGAAAAUUGAUGAUUAUGUCUUAAUGGUUCAGUUUGAUGUACCCUUCCCAGGAACGGCUAAACAAUUUUGUAACGUUUUGAUAAGCUCGUUUGUGAAUAAGAUUGUUUUUCCCUAUUUGCUAUCA